AUGUUGAUACCCACUCCCCACCUACCAAUAUGGGUAGCCGCAUUAGUGGUGGUCGGCAAUUGUGAGAUCGAUCGCGAGUCCAUUGUACGACAAUACAAUCUUAAGCUCAAUCAAUCGCAUCCAUAUAGCCCAGUUCAGAUCGGAAACGGGAAUUUUGCAUUUGGUGUCGACGUUUCUGGACUGCAGACAUUCCUCCCACAUAACACCCUGUCAUCAUGGGGCUGGCACAACUCGUCUCUGCCAACGACGCCAAAUCAGACCGCUAUUUCCGACUUUACCGGUCAAGAUUGGUGGACACAUGGUCGGCUCGUGAACUACAACCAGCCCAACCCUGCCGAGAAGGAUAUCAGUCAGUGGCUGAUAGCGAACCCUCAUCGCAUCAAUCUUGGAAGAAUUGGUCUCUGGUUCGGGGACAAGAACAUCACCGAAAACGAGCUCGCGAAACCAUCUCAAGUAUUGGACCUCUGGGAAGGAACAAUAUCGUCUUCGUUCUCGUGGAACGGUAAAGAGGUGUACGUCAAAACCGUCGCGAGCCCAGAUACAGACACUGUUGCUGUAGGAAUCGAGUCACAAUUGCUGGGCAGUGGUGACCUAGGAGUGUUCUUUGACUUCCCGUAUGCCAGCGGCAAGAACAAAUUCGAUGCGCCAUUCGUGGGGCUGUUCAAUGCCACGUCUAACCACACCACGACGUUGAUAACCAAGAAAAACAGAGCUACCAUCUCUCACACGCUAGAUGCGACCACUUACGACACUCAGAUCGUGUGGGAGAGCGACGCGAAAAUCACGCGAACGCGUAACGCAACUCACCGUUACGUUCUUAAGCCUGAGAAGGGGUGCGAGACGCUCGCUUUUACUGCAACCUUUGCGCCCAAAGCGAAGAACAGCCGAGUGUCUUUCGCAGACGUAGAAGAAAGUGCGGCAGACUGGUGGAGUGAUUAUUGGUCUACGGGCGGCUUUGUCUCUCUUCCCACUUCGACUAAUUCCUCAGCCAAAGAACUUCAGCGCCGCAUUAUAUUGACGCAAUAUCUGCUUGCUGUCAAUGGGGCUGGUAAAGACCCUGCGCAAGAGUCAGGUCUGGUCAACAAUGGCUGGUACGGCAAAUUUCAUCUUGAGAUGGUCUUUUGGCACCUCGCUCAUUGGACUGUUUGGGACAAGUGGGACCUUUAUGAUCGCAGCAUCGGUAUAUAUGACAGGUUUCUAAAGUCUAGCUACGACCGAGCGAAGCAUCAAGGCUACCAAGGGGCACGCUUCGGCAAAAUGAGUGACCCAAGUGGUCAUUCUGCACCUGGUGAGAUAAAUUCCCUCCUGAUCUGGCAGCAACCACAUCCUAUGUGGUUCGCGGAGAUGGAAUACAGGAAAUCACCUACACAGAAGACACUCCAGAGAUGGGACAAAAUCUUGACCGGAGUGGCUGAGUUCAUGGUGAGCUACGCUUGGUACAAUCAAUCCACGGAAGCAUACGAUUUAGGACCACCAAUGUACCCCGUCUCAGAGAACACCAACCCUAACCAAACGAUAAACCCAACAUUCGAGUUGGCAUAUUGGCGCUUCGGCUUGGAUGUCGCGUCGAAGUGGCAGACGCGGCAGCAUAGAGCCGUGCCCGCUAGCUGGCGUACCGUGAAAGAAAACCUUGCGCCAUUCCCCAUUCAAGACGAUGUGUACGUCCUCUACGAGGGAGUCGAGGACAUGUGGACGUCACCAGAGAUAGCAGCAGACCACCCGGGCUUUUUGGGUCUAUACGGUUGGCUGCCACCAGACUCACGCUUCAAUUUGACCGCCUUCCAGCAUACUGUGGAUAAAGUGUAUGCAUCGUGGGACUUAGCGAACCUGUAUGGCUGGGACUUCCCACUUAUGGCCAUAGCAGCAGCGAGAUUGGGCAAUGGAGAGCAGGCAAUUCGGUGGCUGUUAGAUUCGAAUAACCAAGUCAAUGAGGUGGGAAUGCCCGAAGGAGGAAACAGAGUGGCCACGCCGUACUUUCCUGCAAGUGCGGGGAUGCUGCUUGCUGUUGGUAUGAUGGCUGGAGGCUGGGAUGGGCUUGAGGGCCCGGUCUUUCCGGAGGGCUGGAAAGUCGAAGUUGAGGGGUUCCAGAGAGCUAUGUAG